GCAGUCGGGCCGCGGCGCGGCAAGGUGAAGCGGGGGGAGCAGCGCGGCGGCGCCUGCGGGGCUUUGGUCAGGUUGGUGGGAGCUCCUCCAGAAAGCAAUGGACCAUGCCAGAGCUGCAAUUUCUAACUUGUUUGGUGGCGAGCCAAUGUCGUACACACGUUUCAGCGUUGCUCGGCAAACAGAUGGUGACAACAGUCAUGUGGAGAUGAAGCUGUCUGCUGAUGAUGAGGAAGGAGGGGAGAUUGGGAGGCAGGAGCACCUGCACACCAGCAUGGGGCAGCCACGGAGGACUGGCAAGAACCUCUGCUUUCUUGUCAUUGCAGCUGUACUCCUCCUUUUGAUUGGGUUUCUGAUUGGCUAUUUGAGUUACCGUGGACGAAUGCAGAUGACUGCCAGGUGUCUAGAUGGAAGUGGCAGGUGUGAGAUUACUCCUACCGCGUCUUACUUAGCGGAUACUGAUGACACUGAAGAAGAGGUGCCGCAAUCAUCUGUCCUCUACUGGCCUGAACUCAAAAACCUUUUGUCAAAUAAGCUGUCAGCGAGACGUCUUGAAGACUACUUGAGGCAAAGAGCAAAUAGGAAAUCUUUUGAAGCUGGCCUGAGUGAAGAUGAGAGCAUGGCCUUCUACAUUCAUGACCAGUUCAACAGCUUCCUCUUGGAUAAAGUGUGGAAUGAUGAGCACUAUAUUAAACUGCAGGUCAAAGGCAGCAUCAACAACAAAGUGUCUAUUCUGGAAAAUGGUAGAGAAGAAGAACUGGAGAGUCCUGAUGCAUACGUGGCAUACAGCAAAAAUGACUCAGUCUCUGGCAAACCAAUCUAUGUGAACUAUGGACAGAAAGACGAUUUUCAGAAGAUGAAAAGUUCAGGUGUUUCUCUGGAUGAAUCUGUUGUCAUCCUUAGAGCUGGAAAAAUUACCCUUGCUGAGAAGGUUGCAAAUGCCAAAGAGGCAGGAGCAGUUGGUGUCCUGAUGUACCUGGAUCCACAAGAUUACAAGAACACAGAUAAACUUGUCCCCUUUGGGCAUGCCCACCUUGGUACUGGAGACCCUUUCACCCCAGGCUUCCCCUCUUUCAACCACACCCAGUUUCCACCAGUUGAAUCUUCGGGACUACCCUACAUUGCUGUUCAGACCAUCUCCAGCCAAGCAGUGAGCCGGCUGUUCAGCAAAAUGGAUGGAGACCCUUGUUUUCUGGAGUGGAGAGGUGGGAUCAUCAAUUGCAAGAUGACCAGUACAACCAAUAAAACAGUGCAACUGAAGGUGAACAGUGUCAUGGUGGACAGGAAGAUCCUGAACAUCUUUGGUGCUAUCAAGGGGUUUGAAGAACCAGAUCGCUACGUUGUGAUUGGAGCCCAGAGAGACUCCUGGGGCCCAGGAGCAGCCAAGGCUGGUGUUGGAACUGCCAUAUUGUUAGAACUUGCCCAAGUGAUCUCAGACAUGGUGAAAAAUGGUGGCUAUAAACCAAGGCGAAGCAUCAUCUUUGCUAGCUGGAGUGCAGGAGAAUAUGGAGCUGUGGGUGCUACUGAAUGGCUAGAGGGAUACUCUGCCACUCUGCAUGCCAAAGCCUUCACUUACAUUAACCUGGAUGCUGCAGUCCUAGGGUGGAAAAACAUCAAGAUUUCUGCCAGCCCAUUGCUGUACAGCCUACUGGAGAGAACUAUGAAGGGGGUGAUGGAUCCAGCAAAGGCCCAGUCAGCAGAUGCAGGAAGCCUGUUGAAGAGAGUUGGCUCUGACUGGGAAAAUACAGUUGUUCCCCUUGGCCUGGGUGAUGCGGCAUUCCCUUUCCUGGCAUACUCUGGAAUCCCAGUGGUGUCCUUCGGUUUCUACAAUAAAGAUGAGGAAUACCCCUUCCUGGGCACCACUGAGGAUACUGUGGAGAAUCUGAAGAGGAUUGCCAACUUGUAUGAGCUUAUCCGUACUGCUGCAGAAGUGGCUGGACACAUUGCUCUCAGGCUGACCCAUGAUCAUGAGCUCUACCUGGACUUUGGGAAAUACAGUGAGGAGCUGCUAGCGUUCCAGGAGAAGUUUUUGGACUAUGAUCAGGAAGUGAAGGAGCUUGGGCUGACCUUGGAUUGGCUGUUCUUUGCCCGUGGAGAUUUUCAGCGAGCUGUAGAUGGACUGAGAAGAGACAUCGCAAACAGUGAUAGAGAAAACAAGGUCAUCCGCAGAGCCCUGAAUGACAGGAUCAUGAAGGUGGAAUAUGACUUCCUCUCCCCAUAUCUGUCACCAAAAGAUGUUCCCUUUCGCCACAUCUUCUUCGGCAAAGGUUCCCACACCCUGCAGAGUCUGCUGGAGCACCUGCAGCUGCUGAAAUCCAGCAAGAGCAGCGUGAAUGUGAACAAGCUGAAAGAACAGCUGGCCCUAUCGACCUGGACAAUUAAAGGGGCUGCCAAUGCCUUAGUAGGGGACAUCUGGGAUACAGACAAUGAGUUUUAAACACAGCAAGCACCUGGCUAAGGUACAGAAUUAGGGAAGCCCACUCCCUAACAUGGCAUUAUAUUUCUGUAGAGAUUUUUUUUUGGCAGCAGAUCUCUUUUUGACCAAAGUUGAGCUUAAAUUUAAAAUCUUACCUUGACAAAUUCACAGGAGGCAGUUUUAAAGCAGGUACCAGAAUUAUCAUGAAAUUUCCUCUGACCAGGCUUCCCUCUGACCACAGUCCAAACCGGUCAUGUACAGCUGUUUGUGGGGCUUGCUUUCUGGUGUACUUGAGAACAAACAACUCGGGCAAAUCUUGAACUGGUACCUUAAGUGGGGAGGUGCCACAUCUAUUUAGAGUUUAAAUUGUUGGCCUCCUAAACCUAGUGAUAGAAUAGGGAAUGAAUUCCUUUUAGCAUUUAUAAUGAGGAUCUCUUCCCUGGCAGGGAGCUGCAGAAACAAACCUGUAGCUUAAGAAUAAAACAACAUAGUAAUAGCCUGUAAGUGCUAGAUUAUCAGCAAGCUCUGAAGUGCCCAGCCUCCCCACAGCUAAAGAGUGGUGGCUUAACACUGUCUUGGAGGCAUGUUUCUUCUAAGGCAGGUCUCGAUUCCCAGGGGAGAUAAGCCAAAGACUAUCAGAUGCCCCCCUCUUAUACCCUGAGCUGGCACCUCAGUGGGUCCUGUGGCAUUGAGAAAUGGCUCUAGAUUGGCACUUCAGACCUUGCUGCUCUGGGGCCUUCUGUGAAAUCGAGUCUCUUGCUGGCCAAACCCUGUUUGGCUGAUGUCAUUGUGCAGGAUGGCUCUUGUUUGGCACUGAGAUAUUUAUUUAUUUGUUUAUUUAUCAGUGACAGUGUUCACUAUAAAUGGUAUGUGUUUUUUUUAUAGAAGAUAAUUAUCGGAAGCAGUGCCUUCCAUAAUUAUGACAGUUAUACUGUCGUUUUUGAAUAAAGCAGCAUCUGCUAUUACAAUCAAACAUGAUACUGGAACUUUGCAUUUAGAAUAUUUUAAAUAUACAAAAAAAAUAUUUGAAAACUAGCAAUUAAGCUUUCUGUGGCAAAAACACCCCUUUGGAAGAAACUUGAAGAUGUAAACCUGGUAAUAAGUCUCUGGGUUGCAUUCCAAAUUGAUCCUUGAAAUGCUGAAAACCUGGGUGGAAAAAUCAAAUAGUAGAAAUUUGGCUUCUAUGGGGUGUCCAUGCCUGUCAGUGGGGUUAGGCAUCUCUUACCCCUCCCUUCCUCCUCCUCCUCCCUGUUUCUGGGUGCCUUGUGCUCACAUGGGGAACACAGCUUCCUUCCUGCCUCUGUCCUUGGCUGAGGGGCAGAAGCACUCCUGAGGGAGGUGGUAAAAGGCAUCAUUAUGUAGCCAUAGCUCCACCCGCUAUGACACACAAGUAAACCUAUACCUCAGAUUAGGCACUGGCCCAAUUUUAAAUGGCAGCUUUCUGCAAACUUCCAGUACCUUAUGUAUCAUGAAACCUAACUGACAUUAUCGGGGGCAGUGUCUUCCAUAAUGUGUAAAGAACAAGGUAGUUUUUGCCUACCACAGUGUUAUAUCGGAGGCAGUGACCUCCAUAUGUUGCACUAUGGGUGUACGUAAUUAUCGGGGACAGUGUUUCCCAUAAUUGUUCUAUGCUUAUCAUGCAAUGUCAUCUGCAAAGCUGGAUGGUUAGUAUCUAACAUGCAUCAACUUCCUGCAGUCCUAUUUUCUUUCUCACUCUCCUGUGGUGGUGCAGAUACAAACUUCAGUCUGUUGUGUGCUUUUCAGACUCCACCUGCUCUGUAGGCUGAACUGUUUCAAUUAGCUGUGCUGUCUUGAAUUGGUUUCCUACUUCCAAUCCUGAGACUGGUGUUUGAAUGUUUUAUGGAGACUAGGCUAGUUAGGUUGCGCUCUGUGAUUUAGUGACCCUCCUUCAAAUCAGUUAUGAAGGCUUGGAGGAUUAAAGGUGAAUGUAUGGUUUUGGGCUGACUGUCCAGAGGGCUCUGGUCACUGCUCUAGACAGGUGCAAGUACUACUUAGAGGCAGAGGUUGGCUUAUUUUGAUACUUUUGUGGUGAAGCUGGCAUGGAUGCAUGGCAAACUGCUUGUCUCCAGUGAGACCUAGGGCAGGUAACUCCAGUCUUGCUGCAGGGGGUGGGGAAAAAUCACUGGGACCUUUCUCGUGCUGCCUCUCUGCUCCCUAAUCUGAAGCUGAACACUGCUUCUCUCUUCAUUUGACAUCUGGUAAACUGCAGUAUAUAUUCCCCAAAAGCAGCUCUCUGUGGCCAGCCCCUAUUUUGCAAAGAAAAAAAAUUUAAACUAGCUUUUAAACUAAAGGAUGAGUGACCUGAGCCUUGGCAGUAGUCAUCAAAAAAAUGUAUAUUGUUUGGUGGGUGGAGAGACCUGGGCUGGGUCCCACCUAGUGGUACUGUCACAAGGAAGGGGAAAGGACAAGCCCACAGCCUGUGGCUCCAGAGGGCUCACAGACUUGAAUGGGAUGGAUUUUCAUUCUCCCUUCUGGGAGACAGAUGUCCAGGUUUGUGCAACUCUUAUUUCUUGCUUAACUACCUUAUCCUCUCUGAAACACAUGUACCACCCUCUCUGUGCUGCUGUUUCCUACUGACGCUUCUCCAGAUGGCAUUUAAGAGCUGCUGUCUGGGGAGUCUUUGCUUUAGUGUUUGCAUGCAUCUUGAUGUCAGACUUAAUCAUGCGCUUUGUAACCUGUUUCUUAGCUAGCCAACACAACUGUGACUACUAGGAUCUCGGUAUGCCUUGUUUGGUACUGGGAUCUGACUUGGUGUGGGGUGUUAAAGUCUAUUUCUAGGUAACCUGGUCUCUGAUUGAAUAAAGUUUUAAUGCUUGAACACUUAA